AUGAUUUCUUCGGAACAGCAUAAUAACAAUCCAAAUAAUAGUCCAACCGAUACUAUUGCACAUUCCAAUAAUUUAAACAAUUAUUCGAAUACAUUAGAAAAUAUGCAACAACCAAAUGAUGCAUCUACCUCUCCAAUUAAACACAAUCCUAAACCCUUUCUAAACAAUGAUUUAUCACCAAGUCACAACAAUCAUCACCAACAUGUUCCACCAUCACAAUCACAAAAUAUCGAAUUUUCAUCAACCAACAAUCAUUUCAUUGCUAGCGGUGAUGAUGAACAACAUGUUUCAUCAUCGCACGAUCAAAACCAACAACACCAACCAUUAUUAGUAUCAUCCUCACCACUUCCUUCACCAACCUUCACCAACACCAUGAACAACAUCAAUACAACAGCAAAUACUACGAUUCAUUCUCCUACACAGGGUGGUGCUGCUUCUUUUUUUAAGAGACUUUUAUCAAACUUGACGCCAAAUCUUUCCCGCCAAAAUCAUUUACAACUUUCUGAAAAAAAUAAUCAACAUGGUGUAUCAGGUUCGAGAAGUAAUGGAGGUAGUGGCAAUAUGAAUGGUGGUAAUGUUCCAGCUGGAACAAAUUGUAUAAAUCAUCAAGAGUUGGAUCUUGAUGGGUUAUCGGUGAAGAGUGUGGAAUCUACUCCAUCAGUGGAUCUUUCUUCGAAUAAUACGAGUGGAGGAAAUUUGAAUAAUCUUGCUGUUGGAGCCUCAAAUAUUAAUCAUAAUCAUCAGCAGCAGCAACAAAUUCAUAAUAAUAAUAAUGGAAAUAAUACAAGAGCAAUAAUGGAUAUAUUCCCAAAGUCGAGACAGGAAGAGGAACCUUCUAUGGAUAAUAUCAUUUCGAGGAAAUUAGCUCAAAAAAAGAAAAAUUCAGUGAAACCUGUAGAUAUUAACGCAUUCACUGAUAAUAAUAAUGAAAAGGAAAAGGUUCUCACUCAAAAUACUGUCUUUAAAAAUACUCCAAUGCAGACAUUAACACCAUCUGCUCUCUUGUCAGGAAAAGUUUCAAUGGAUUUGUUUGCUAAUGUUGAGGAUGAAAAGAAGAAACCAAAGAAGAAACGACAAGAAACUGGAAUUAAAAAUGUGGAAACUACUGUAAAAACAAGAAACAAAACUUACUUGAAAAAGAUGACGUUCAUGACAAGUCUAUCAACUUCUGGCGAUCAACAUCCUACCUCUAGUAACUCUACGAAAAAAGGACAACAAAAAGAACAAGCUCCUUUUGAAAAUGAUCUUUUAUUCAAUGAUUUACAAGUUUUUAAGAAUCAAGUUUUCAAACGAUAUUGUAAAAUAUUGGAACAACCAAUUUUCUGUAAGGCUUUUAAUUAUGAAGUUCUUGGGCCAAGGGAAUUUUUGACAAAUCCAUAUGUCCUACCUCAACUGAUAGAAGAAAGCCCUGCUGUUUCCACAGUUGGAACUUCCUCUCCAAAGAAGGAGGAGCAAAACCCAUUUCUUUUCGAUGAAAAGUUUGUAAAGGAAUUCAAAUGGCGUAGACGAAAAACCGAGACUCAAUCAAAUUCAGUUCCAAAUGUGCCAACAGUGGAUAUUGUUUGUGAGGAUGGAGCUACUCUUUCAUGUUAUUUUGAGAUGGUUGGCCAAAACGAGCAGCCAAGUACCUCCACAAAACAAGAUGAUUCCAGUUCUACAACCUCCAAAAAGACCUUACUAUUAUUCCAUGACGGAUGUGAGGAAGCUUUUGAGUAUUUCUUCCAACCUUCACUAAGGAAGUUCAAAGAUUUUAUUAUUUCGAUGGGUUUGCAGAUAUUUAUUUUCGAAUAUAGAGGUUUUGGAUAUAGCACGUGCGCCAAAGGUGAGGAUGAAAGAACUUCCUUGCAUAGAUUUCUAGAGACUGACUACAAGUUGGUUCAUCAUUUAUUCACGACACGACUCAAAAUACCAAUGUCUCAAGUGGUAGUGUAUGGAAAGGGAUUUCUGGGAAGUACUUGUGCUAUCCAUUUUGUUUCAAAUUUUCCAACAGUGAGUGGACUUUGCUUGGAAUCACCUUGUUUUGAUGUUCUCAAGGUAGUUUUAGGAAAUUUACCUGAGAAUGUCCUAUCGUAUAUUUCUUCUCAGGGAGCUGAACAAGGUAUUGUAAGACCUGAGGAUGAAACCAUUAGAUUCGAGUUUACCAAAUACAACUUUGGAGUGGAAAAAUAUUAUCGAAUGCCAUAUCCAAAGAAUAAGAAGAUUAUGAGUACCAAACAACAGAAUGCUCGCCCUAAAACAACAAUAGUUUGUAAGGUUGGAGAUGAAAGGUAUUACAAUUUAAAGGAAGUUAAGAAUUGCAUCACUCACCACUUUGAUGUCUACAACAAAUUAUCUUGCUUUCCAGGUAAACUACUCAUUCUCUUUCAACAGGGAAAUGAGCUAGUUCCAUAUUGUGAUGUGGAAAACUUUUUUAAAUGUAUCAAGACUGGAGAAAAGAAUAUGUAUCUGCUCUCCUCUAAUGAAAUAUCGACAAUGACCAGCGCGAACGAUGACCCUUUUAAUUUGUUUGAGAGAAAAUUCUUUACCUGUGUGAGAGCAAUUCACAAGUUUAUGGAAUCAGUUUCCCAUUCAUUCCCAGACAAUUUUAAUCAAUUCUUGGAGAAGCUUUUCCAACUGGAACAACGAUUGCUUGAAGAUCAAGCCAACCAAACUUCAGAGCUUUCAGACCUUGCUGCCAGUGGUUCCUAUGUUGAUACCUAUGAAAGUUAUGGUGGAAGAGGAAGGAGGAAUCCAUAUCUUCCAAUUUGUGGUGGUUGUGGUCACUGCAGAGCUUGUGUCGACCAGUCAAUGAUCGAAAACGAAGGAACCGACAAUACUGACCAUGAUUGUGAUUCUGAAGCUAGCAGUGAAGAAGAGUAA